GCCAUAAUCCAUCUCAAAUAGUCAAAUGUAUAAGAGGAAAAAGAAAAUUGGGUGAGCUUCAACCCGACCCGUUUUAACCUAAAACCCCAAAAUUGAGCCAAAUUUACACUUGCAAAACAUCAAGAAACCUCAAAAACAUUGACAACUAAGAACAUACAUAUAUAAAAAUGGGACAAGUGCAGAGUGACAGUAGUGAUGCAAAUAUGGAGGAAUCAUCAUCAGCAGCUAAACCCACCCAGGAAUCAUCAUCACCUGCUUCCAUGGAAUCUUUGAUGGCUGAAGCGGCAGCAUUUGGCAAUGAAGAUGAGAAUGCGUCUCUUGAUGAAAAGGCCCAGAAAGCUUUGGACUGCCCUUGUUUAGCUGACUUGCGGAAGGGCCCUUGUGGUAGCCAGUUUUCAGGAGCUUUCCUCUGUUUUCUUAAAAGUACUGCUGAAGAAAAGGGUUCAGAUUGUGUUCAUCCAUUUGUGGCAUUGCAGAGUUGUAUAAAAGCUAACCCUGGUGCAUUUUCAAAGGACAUUUUAGAGGAUGAAGAAGAAGUGAAAGAAGAAAAACCUACCCAACAAUACAAAGUAAUACCUCCUGUUUGGUCAGUUGAAAAGAAACAGAAACAGAAACCAGUUCCUAAGCUUUAGGAAAGUUUAGAUUUUACUUUAAUGUUAUGCGAACUUAAGUUUACAUCUAUUCAUUUAGUCGAGGGGCCAUGAUCCAUGGAAGCCCUUGUAAAAGUUUCAGUUUUAAGUAAUGAUACUGAAGUCAUUCCAAGGCUAUGCUUGUUUUACUGGAAAGUAACUUAUAAAUGAACAACAUUUUUUAUC